CGGUGGACCUGCUCUACAGCGGGGGCAGCUGUUUGUGUAGUAACCAUUAGAGCAACAUUUCCUCUCUGCCUGCCUUGCUGUAAUAUUUCUGCAACCAGAAUGGACUCAUUAGCACCGAGUCUCAACUGCAGCCCACUGGGCUCUCCAGCAGCCACCAGGAUAAACGGAAUGUAUAGGCUCCUUCUGUGUCAGAUUAAUGGAUGAGGGAAGAGAUGGUUCUGGGUCUGAAUGAAACAGGAAAAGUCUUUUAGAGAGCGUGCUAGAAAAAUAAAAUGCACAUGAUCCUUGAUUUGUUGCUCCGGCGCGCUGUUUGCUUCCAAGGUGAACCAUAAACGGACAAAAUGACAAGGGCUCCACUCGCUGAAUGGCCGUGCGUCAUUGCAGCGGCGCCAAUGGAAAGCGCGCCUCCCACCGUGCCAAAUAUAAAAGCUGCUCUCCUCCGACUUCCACAGAGCGAACCGGUUUUUACUCCAUGUGGAAAUCCACGCACCUUCAUGUAGUUUUAAGAUUCCUGUGUCCAUGUUUACACGCGUAAAAUCAGGAUGGAUUUAAGCUUAAACUUAACGGCGCCUGGGUACGGCUUGUUAGGCGCGCUGGCGCAGAGACUCUUCGGGAAUAACUCUCUGCCUGGGUUUAACAACACUACGACAGCUUCCAAAACGGAGGAGGAGGACUUGGAAGUCAACACGGACGUUUACUCCAAGGUGAUAGUAACUAUCAUCUAUCUGGCUCUGUUCGCCGUGGGCUCUCUGGGGAACUCGGUCACCCUCUACACCCUGCUGACCAAAAAGACCCUGCAGAACCUCCAGAGCACGGUGCACUACCACCUGGCCAGCCUCGCUGUAUCCGACCUGCUCAUCCUCAUCCUCUCCAUGCCCAUCGAGCUCUACAACUUCAUCUGGUUCCACCACCCGUGGGUGUUCGGGGACGCAGUGUGCAGGGGCUAUUACUUCCUCCGGGACAGCUGCUCCUAUGCCACCGCGCUCAACAUCGCCAGCCUGAGCGUGGAGCGCUACAUGGCCAUCUGCCACCCGUUCAAAGCCAAGAGCAUCAUGUCCCGCAGCCGCACCAAGAAGCUCAUCAGCGCGAUGUGGAUCGCGUCCUUCGCGCUCGCCACGCCGAUGCUCUUCAUCAUGGGCCAGAUGACUCGCAAAGGCGAGAAGAUAUGCACCGCUAUCGUGUCUCCUGUGACAAUGAAGACUGUGCUGCAGGUAAAUGCCUUCCUGUCCUUCGUGGUUCCCAUGGUGGCCAUAUCGGUGCUGAACGGGGUCAUAGCCAACCAGCUGCUCCGAAUGUUCCGCGAGGCCGAGCAGGAGAACCGCGUCUGCAUCAUCGGGGGGAACCCCACCAUGCUGAAUGUCACCAUGGAGCCCAACCGCGCUCAGUCCCUUCGCCACGGGGUUCUUGUUCUCCGAGCGGUGGUCAUAGCCUUCGUGGUCUGCUGGCUGCCCUAUCACGCUCGACGCCUCAUGUUCUGCUACAUCUCCGACUGGUCCGAUGACAUGUAUGACUUCUACCACUAUUUCUACAUGCUGACCAACGUCUUGUUCUACGUCAGCUCUGCCAUCAACCCCAUUCUGUACAACCUGGUGUCGGCUACCUACCGCCAGAUCUUCUUCUCCACGCUGCGCUACUUCUGCAUGCCCUGCCGCCACACCCCCAGGAGGGACCUGCACCCUCUGACACGCCACUCCAUCAGCAUCUCCAGCAACCACACCCUCUCCACGAACAUCAUCAAAGAGACGGCGUACUGACUGGGCCACGCAACGGAAUACUUUCCGUCUUUCUCAUAGCAUGGACCGAUCCUCUGCCACUCUGUGAUUUGUGAAUAACGGUCCAGUCUCAUCAAGGAAGUUCAUCCUGGAGACAGGUUCAUCUCGUACUGUUGUGGUGACCAGCAUCAUCAUCUGAAGUCCAGUCAGAGACCUCACAUUUUCUUAUUGUGUUUAGUAUCUUUCUUCAUCUGAACACGACUUUGUGAAUACAACAACAACAAAAAAAACAUGGGCUACAGAAAAGCAUAUUCAUGUUAAUGUUUUGUACAAUAUGUUUCUAUGUUCACGUUUUUAUUGGACCAAUGGUCGCUGCUUCCGGUCUCCAUCAACUUUCCUUUCUCUACAAAACUGGCACAUCUGUCACAGCAACAGCAGCAGUUAUAUGACGUAAAGCGCCUUUGUGCUAUCUUGGAAGGGAGUCUGGAUAAGCUUUGAUGUUGGAAAGAUUCGGGGCAAAGACUGAGCAUUGCCCUUAAAUCCAGGCAGACUGACAGCUGUAUUUGAAGGAUCUCUUGCAUCAUUAACACUAAUCUUGCGUGUCUUGGCUCUGUCACGGGCAGAUUUUCAGCGCAACAAGUGGAAAAGAGGGAGGAUGCAACGUAGCAGCAGGGGGCGGGGGGUUCCUGACACUCUGUUUAAACUCUGAUGUCUGUGGGAUUUCGUUAUCACUGCCAAUGGCACGAUUAUUACUGGGAAAACAUGGCAGCAGUCGAAACAUAGUUAGGGAAUGAGCAGGUUCUCAAAAUUUCGAGCACCUGGAGAGACCGACAGAGGCUGGCAGAGGUUUGGGGACUCCCUUUAGGAGCAAUACGAAGACGCGGAAACAAUCUGGAGAUGAGAGAUUUAACUUUGAUAUCAAUAUAAAAUGUUUCCCAUGCAUAUCCCAUGCAGCAGGUUAGGAACUUACACCGAUCAGCCACAACAUUAAAACCACUGACAGGAGAAGUAAGUUACAUCUUCAGUGUUCUGCUUGGAAACGUUUGGAUUCACUAGAUCCCAAAUUGAUAAAGUAUCUGUGAGAUGAUCCACAGAGGC